CUUUCGAGUCCGCUCCACGUUUUUCUUUCUGCCACUCGGAAGCAUUCGGACAGUAGACUAAAUACUACUUUUCUACUUUUACUGUGUUGAAGACCUCAGCUAAAACUACAUGAUGAUCCGCCAAUUCUUUUUUAAUGAUAUCCUCUUACUUUCAACACAUAAACACGAAAGUUAGCUUGAUAAUUCAACAAUACGAUGUCAUGACCAUCCGUUUUAUUUGAUUCUCCUAUCGUGAGAACGGGGGAUUAGUUGUGCUUAUUAAUUACAUUAAAAUAAAAAUAAAAAAUAAAUUAAAUUAAUUAGUGGACGCCCUCAGUACCCGUGAGCCUCAGCGGAGACGGCUGCUAUGGAGAUCACAUGUAGCACCACACAUGUUAUUUAUUUAAUUCGCUGCCCGUGUGGCUUAGCAUAUGUGGGCAAAACAACGAGAGCGCAUGGGACUAGAAUUAGUGAUCACAGAAGUACCAUUAGGACAGGGGAUGAACGUAGUUUUGUCGCCGCUCAUUUUAAACGAGCAGGGCAUAAUGUCAGCGCCCUUAGAUAUAUCAGUUUCCCAUUCAUUUUCUAUGGUAGUGCUAAACCACUACGGAUGCGGUAUAUUUUUGGCCGCUGACCCUCAUCUGCGCAUGCGCCGUGAAAUAAAAAAAUCCCUAAACCCCUAUUAUAAUUUAUAAUUACAAAAUUAUUAAAAGUAAGCAUUGAGACAUUAAAUCUAAAGAGCUGAAAACAUAUACAAGGAUUUUCAAGUCCUAAACCACUACGGCUGCGGUAUAUUUUCGGCCGCUGACCCUCUUGUAGCGCUGUUUCCGCGAGAUAAAGCGCGCUGCUCGGCUCCCGUCCGUUUCAUUCAACAGUUUCAUCGGCUCGUCGAUCACAGGUGAUAAACCACUAGGUGUGAAGGACUUGUCUGAGAACAGCUGUUAAAAGUUGCCUGAUAAUUAAAUCAUAGCAAUACCUGCGAAAUCGGGUGCAGUCUUCCCGUCCGCUCGUAGUUGCCUCAAUUGCAGUGUCUAAGCCAACAGAAAUGGAUGAUUAUGACGAGUUAGAGAGUGCGAUGCUGAACAUCUCCCCCUCCAAGCUACAGUUGCUGUUGCCUUCUGCUGCCCUCUCCAUAACACCACCUCCUGACACCAAGCAACCGCCACCAGUCAAAGCACCAGCCUUGACAGCUCAGAAAACGCCCGUGGCCCUUCCCAAAGAGCUGAUGUUUCUUGUCCCGGAACAAUCAGCUUCCACACUAUCUACAAGACCGGUUUCAACUGCAGCAGACAUCAGCGCCACAGACCGCUCUCCAGUCUGCAGGACAGCUAUAAUUGAGGAAUGUGGCAAAGAUGAAAAUCUCUCAUCUUCAGAUAACACUUCAUGUAGUGUUCUUUGUACAGCUGAGGCAUCACAUGACUCAUUAACCUCUGCCCUUGGCUCUUCAGUGUGCAGCCCUCCUCCUCUGCAACAGACAUCUACAACCGUUUCUAGAGGCCCUCCUCCACAACCUCUUGACUACGAUUAUGGUGUCCGUGAGUGGAAGUGUUCGCAUCAGCAGAAGAUCUGGAUUAAGACAGAGCUGGAAUCCAUGGGUCUAUGGCCAGGCUCACCCCCUGUGAGCAACCCCAUGAAGACAGAGUCUCUGUGGCGUUUGCCGCCUCAGCCAGAACUGAUCGAAACCAUCUCUGAUCUACCGUCCCCCAAACAUUUCCAGCUUCAUCCAUUUUUUAUUUGGAAGCCUGAAAAUGACACCUUGAUGCGUAGACUAAGGAAUAGCUAUGCUCUGCCAUGCAUUGACGGGUGUAGGCAGACAAAUGUUACGUCUGCUGGAAUUGGUAGGCCUCGUGUGAUCGUGGGCCUCACAGGUCAGUACUACCUGUUCUCAUCACGAUUGUGUUGCAAAGUCUGCAAAAAACGAUGGUAUGCAGACAACCCACAGUGGCUGGAAAAGCUCCCCAAAAGGUUUACUAAUUUAAUGCCUGCGGUUCUUACUUAUAAGAAAGCCAUCUGUAAGUCUCUGUUGGAUGAGCUACGGCGUACAGGUAAAUCGCCCACAGACAUGGCCAACCAGGUGAUGGAAAUGAUGCACCUCAAAUACGAGCGUGCGAACUUGGCCUACCUUCUGACUUGCCAGAGUGUCCUGGACUCUGAGGCAGACAAGUACGGGCAGAAGAGCAUCACCGGUUUCAUAAGAAAGGAAACUCAGCCUGCUCCCUUCGGUGAUUAUGAUGAUAUUGAUGGAUGGAAUGGCCUCUGUGUGUCUGCUCACUAUCUUACUGACUGCCUCCUCCAUGAGUACCAGCGCCAGAAGGAAGCCAUUACAAAGCUUUUACAGGGAACCUUUGGGCAAGCAUUCCGCUCAGACCACACCCGGAAGGUGGCCAGGAAAGUCACAUUUACAUCUGGCACUAUGUCAUCAUAUGCCAUCAUGAACGAACACUGGAUGGUCGUAUCAUGGGUGAUGGUGCAGUCUGAGACGGAAAAGUCAUUAGAACCCAUGUACCAGGGGCUGGCUCAUCGGUACGGGAUGGCAGGAGUGGAGAAGGCACAGUACCAGUGGGAAGACAGGGAUUGCUGUGCAGCAUACAGAGUGCCAGACCCUGAAAAAUCAGAACACCUGAACUGGGAUGCUUGGCAGACAGUGGAUACCGUUAUUCUGGAGGCAACAUCUGGUGUUCUCCAAAACACAUGUGCGUCAAGGUCCCAAAUCAAUGAGAACAUAGUGAUCAAACUUGAUCUAUUUCAGUGUCUGAGGCGCUUACUUUGCGGAUGUGUAUCAGGGCAUCACGCCCUGUACAGCUCCUUCGCCAAGUUCUUGUCUGCCGCUUUCUGUGUAGUAGAUCAGGAGGACAUGCAGAAGCUAAAGAAUGCCUAUGCAUUUUGUGGGAUUCAGCCUGCCAACCCCACCAAGCAACACAUUCGGGAACAUUGCAGAACAAAGAUCCCUCAGCCGGACGAACUUCUCAAGCGGGUUGAAGGUGUUAUGAAGCUCUUCCAUUUGGCAUCCGAUCCAAAUGGUGUUCCCCUGUACAAACCCUCUAUGCUAAAGACAUGGCGUAUUCAACGUGUUCACAUCCUGAGAGGCUGUAUCAGUGAUCCUGAGGUGUCUGGUGAGAUCCUGUACAGACAUGGUGGAACAAUUCAACUAAAUCACGUCCAGGGUGAGGGGGCUAAAGUUGAUGUGUGGAUUCCAAUAAGAGGAACGUCUCAGCAGGAGGGCUACCACUUUCACCAGGCUCAAUGGGUCACUGGCACACGUGUUUCCUCUGAAUUGUUUCAAGCCCAGAGCAUGACCGGAGUGGCACGCUGGAACUUUCAGCGUCUGGUGGAUCUGAAAAUACCAGGUGUUCGGCUUCCGGGAGUGUUUGAUCCGUUGCUAAUUGGCGAUCUUAAUACUGCUUCAGCAAGGGUGUUAGGAACGGCAAAAUAUCCCGUCCUUCAGGUGUGCACCGAAGACACUGGAGAGAGGUUUGGGCUGGAGUAUGUGGAACCUGGAUGUCGCCCUGUUGUGCUGGACUGGGAAAAGCACAAGAGCAAGACCACUCAAGCUUUCAGUCCAGCUGAUCAAGGAAGCAUGCCCACUGCCCAGUCUGCAGACCAUCCUGGUGAGCUUGAAGUGACUUCAAGACCUCAGCUAGUGUCAGAAUUUGCUCCCUUGCAUUCUUCAUUGGAUAGUGCCCAUUUGGAACUACAGUCAGAACCAGAAUCCACCGGUACGCUGCCUGUGCCGUCAUUGUCCUCAUCUCAUGGUGCCCAUGCAGAACCUGGGUCAAAGCCAGGUCAGAGAACACCAGAAUAAAAUUUGAAGAAAUCUCAUCUCAUGUCAACUGAGAGUGAAAACCAAAAAAACCCCCCCAAAAAACAGUUACAACAACAGCAGCAGCAUGCAAACCAGCUGGUUUGUUUUGGCUCUCAUGCCAACAGCACUUUGCUACUGCACCACCAUCAUUGACUGACAGAGAACAACAGGCAUCAGGACCUGAAAGAGGUUCCUAACCAAAUCUUCUCCUGGGCUGGGACUAUGAAUUGUUUUCCCAAACUGAAUCUUUCCUCUUGCUUUGUUGUUUUAAUAUAUGUCCUAGUGACUAUAAUAUGAUACCUCAUGUGAUUAGGUAGGCAUUAACCACAUAAGAAAAUGAAAAGCAUUUUUUCAUUCUUUCUUUUCAUUUUCUUAUGUGGUUAAAAAGAGAGAGAGAAAAAAGAAAUGCUUUGGUUACUAACACUUAAAUGCAUGUUUACAGUGUGCCAUUUUGCUCUCCUACUUAAGACUAAUUUUAAUUUUUAAAUAUUAAAA